UGAAUGAUGUGAAAAGGUUUGUUGAGAGAGAAGAAGAAAGGGGAUUGAAUGGAAGGGGAAGGGGGGCGAUGGUUGCAUUUUAGGAGCAAUUUAGAUAUAGAAUAGAACAAUGUAGGAUUGGUGUUUUUGUUUUGGCACGGGCCACAAAAACAGUCACGCUGCUUUCUGCUUUUGUUGUGGUGUCUCCUCAAGUGGACCUCAACUUACUUAUCUCCUUCUUCCCGCAUGAUCCCAACCAAAAUGCAGUAAUGGAGGACUCUGAUGAAGAUAUUGUCUGCAACUGGGUGCCUUCCUCCCCCGAAUAAAUGGAUUUAGGGCUUUCAAUUCUUCUUCAGCCCCUUUUUGGAGAUUCCCCAGUGCUGCCCUUGCCUUUUCCCAUUACUUGCAACGGUUCAAUUCAAAGCUGCUUCUUCUUUAGAAUAUUGCUCUUUAUACCCCUUGUUCUCAAUAUAACCCAACAACUCACAACUUUAUUAUUAUUAUUCUCCAUGAGGCUUCAUCUUCUUCUGCUGCUGCUUCUUCUUCUAUGCUUUUCUGCUCCUCAUGCCAGUGCUCAGUCUAGCCAAGCCAGGUCCCUUGACGCAAUUCUGCAAGAAUAUGCCUUCAAGGCUUUGGUCAAACCCAGAACAGGUACCAUUUACAACGCAACAGCAACUCAGCUUCCUUCCAAUUUGACCGGGGUUAAGAUUUCCGCAUUGAGAUUAAGGAGUGGCAGCAUGAGGAGAAAGGGGUUUCCCAGUUACAACGAGUUUGAGAUUCCCAUAGGGGUCAUUGCCAAACCAUAUGUGAAGAGGCUGGUUUUGGUGUACCAAAAUUUGGGGAAUUGGUCCAACAGCUACUACCCUCUGCCCAAUUACACUUACUUGGCUCCUGUCCUGGGACUCUUGGUUUACAAUGCCUCCAAUUUGUCAGCUACUAAUUUACCAACGCUCAAUGUUAAUGCCUCUGGUGACCCUAUCAAGGUCAAGUUCCUCCAUGUCAAAGUUCCUCCUCUGGGUGCUGUUCCAAAAUGUGUUUGGUUUGAUUUGCAGGGUUCUUCCAAUUUCAGCAAUGUAACAGGAGGCAACACUUGCUCCACCUCCUCGCAGGGCCAUUUUUCUAUUGUCGCCGAGUCUUCUGCUCUUCCACCACCGGCUCCUUCUCAACCGCCGUCACCACCACCACCACCAGCAGCAGUUGUUCCAAAGGAGAGCAAGAGUAGCAACAAGGUUGGGGUUAUUGUGGGGUCUGUCUUGGGUGGAUUUGCAUUCUUAGUUUUGCUGAGUUUGCUGGUUUUGUGGCUGCUUAAGUACAAACAAAAAAAGAAAAUACAACAGAUGGAAAGGGCUGCAGAUGCCGGAGAAGCGCUUCAUAUGGCCUCUGUUGGGGAUACUAAAGCACCUGCUGCCACGGUUACUCGAACCCAGCCUACCCUUGAACACGAAUAUGCGCCCUGACACACACUCAUAUGUGCAAGCUCCGUUGCUGUAUUCAUAAAUUCUUCAAACACCUCUUUUUGGUGGUUGUUUGCUUAGGCUCUUUUCUUCCCCUUGGUUAGUUUAUACUGGUGGUAAAUGGUAAUAUAGUAUAGAUUUUUGUGUAAAGUAAAUCUGUUUAUUAUUAUCUCCUUUGUGAUUCAUUGUGGUGUGAAUGUAUGUACCAGCCCAAAGUGAUUCUAUAUGUGAUGAAUUCAGUUGUUCCAUUGACAAGAAAUAAAAAUGUAGAUCCUACUUUUGGGAUUAUUUUUACUGA